AUGAACACUUCUUACGAGUGUGGCAACAUCCGGGAUGCCCUCAAGACGGAUACCGUUUUCUUCUCCAUCGACUUCGAGACUCUGUGUCUUGAGAAACAUUGGGAGGGAGGUUAUCGCACCCAACCGAUCACCGAGAUAGGUAUCUCGGUCCUCGACACGCGCAACAUCUCAGGAUGCAAGAGCCAUGGCGAGUUUGUGCCAGGCACGGCAGCUGAGGCUCCAGGGUGCUUCCCUGGGCCGAUUGCUGUUACGCCUGUCACGCCCGCCACGCUUGUCAAGACGGCCGCGGCGGCUGAGGCUCCAGGGUGCUUCCCUGGGCCGACUGCUGCCGUGGGCCCUCUCCCAUGCCGUUCCAACCCAGGGGAUCGUGGCCUGAUUUGGCGACAGCACGUCAGUUCCAAUCACUACAUCGUCGACGACUAUAGCGACCAUUACGCCGGGAAUUGUCGGGACGUCGCCUCCGUCGAUCACAACUCGAAUUCCUACGGUUUUGCCUUCAAGUCCAGCAAGUUCGUCAAAGAGGUCAACGAGAACGCCCGGAGAAGCAAUUUGACCAGCGAGGAGAGGAAGAAGGGCGAAGGCCGCAAGAUCGUCAUCCUGGUCUGGGACUCUCGCCUGGAGGAGAAGACUUUCUGCCGUCUUGGACUCGACUACUUCUACCAACCGAACGCCGAGGUUUGGGACUUGCAGCUCCACCCGGCUUGGCGCUACUGUCUCGGAGCUGAUCGCAACCACAGAAGGGAAUCGGCCGCUUGCAAAAUGCUGGGAGUUGCGUACGAGACGGCAUGGGGAGAGAGCCUUGCACACUGUGCUGGCAACCUUGCCGCCUUCAAUGUGCAGAUAAUGCUCGCCUUGGGGACCGCCACAGCGGAGCAGAGGGAGCAGAUCAAAGCGGUCCGACCUCUUCCCAUCCUUCCUCAGUCUUGGGUUGACUAUACCCUUGCACAGGUCAACAAGCCCUGGCUGCUCCGCCGGAUGGAGGCGGGUGAGGAAUGA